CGUUAGAGGCUCAGUAGAAAGUCGAGUACAGAAGCGAGCGCUACUUGGAAUCAUUAUUUUACUUCAUUUUUCAAAUGUGCAACUUGCAAAAUUUUUGUGUCAAUGCAAAAGAAUAGCAAGCCCAAGCUUAACAAACAAUUUGGAUUGGACAAAAGUCUGUCAUCCAGCAAAGGAUCACGUACGGGAAAUUCGGCCAAUAAUAAGGAAUUAAAGGUUCUUACGCUUCUACAAACCGUGCCGUGAACUUUAAGCUCUGUCUACUCAGCAUACAGAAAUUGCGCAUUUCAGUCUUAUUGGAAAUUGGAAUUUCAAAAUUGAAUCAAGAAAAUUAUAGAAAUUGUUUUGAGUCAACCUAGCACAAGC